AUGAUUAGCUGCGCCCGCGAGGCCGAUGAGACAACAUCGAGUCUCAGCCCGUCCUUGAGCUACAACACCACCAGGUUGUCCGGGUCCCACCCGAACCUCCACUUCCUAGUGUUAACACUCGGCGCCGUCGGGAUGAUAAUCUCGCUAACCAUGUACGAGAAACUGCUUGUCCCGAUCCCGAGAAAAUCCACGAGCAACGAGAGAGGCAUAAACAUACUUCAGCGGAUCGGAUUUGGUAUGAUCUUCUCGGUCGUGGCCAUGUUGCUCGCAGCGUUGGUUGAGGCGAAGCGGCUGAGGAUGUGGAAACAUGACAUCCUCAUGCAAGGAAGGGAAAUGACCAAACCGUCCAUGUGCGUGUUUUGGCUAGCGCUACAGUUCCUCUUCCUCCGCCUCGAGGACGGCUUCACCCUCGUCGGCCAGCAAGAGUACUUCUGUGACCAAGUCCCCAACUCGAUGAGGAGCCUCGGGAUUGCGAUAUACCUAAGCAUGAUCGGAGCCGGGAGCUUCCUGAGCAGCUUCCUCAUAACGAUCAAUGACCACAUCACAAGGGGGGCCAGUGGCGGCAGUGAGGGCUGGGUCGAGAAGGACCUGAACUCGAGCCACCUCGACCAGUUCUACUGGCUGCUCGCGUCAAUAAAUCUGGCAAACCUCUGCGUCUAUGUGGGCAUUGUGAGGAGGUACACCUACAAGAAUGUGCAGAGGAGGGAGGUGGCUGCGAACGGUUGCAGAGCAAAUGGUGAAGAAGAUCAUGAGGCAAGGGCUUGCUGAUUGCCAUAGUCCAAAUUGAAAGUUUGGUCAUGCAAGAAUGUCCGGCCUUUCACCAUCUUGACUUAGCAAUAUUGCACCUGCUACUUCUUACGGCAUCGGCGU